GUGGUUCCCUUAAACAAUCUGGAAGCAACCAGACCAUUGCAUUUGCAGCAGCCAUGCUGUCCAUAGAUGCUGAGCCCCCUCAGGGACUUCCAUCAAGUGUCCAACCAUGUCAUGUGCUGACUUUGUCACCAAUAAAAAUCCCAGUUUUGACAUCACCUUUCCAAGGUGUUGCUUCUAGACUCGAGACUCGCAUGGCUCCUCUGAUGCCAGCUCAAGUCACCAGGGUAGCGGCUAUCUCAUCACCAGCUGUGACGUUCAUGGCAACCAAUUUGGUGGAUCAAACAUUAGCAGAUAAAGGGAAGGAACCAGACAGGACCUCCUGCCCACCAACCCUGAUUUUACAUACUGAAAUGAAAAAUAAGCCUGCAGAAAAUGAAAAUGAGAAGACUCAUUCUUUAAAACUACUCCCAGAUGAUGAAAACACUUCAAAUGGUAACAAGCCUGUUGCAUCUACUCCUGUUCCAGGAUCUCCAUGGUGUAUAGUCUGGACUGGAGAUGAUCGAGUCUUCUUCUUCAACCCUACAAUGCAAUUGUCAGUAUGGGAGAAACCAGUGGAUCUAAAGAACCGUGGUGAUAUUAACAGAAUCAUUGAAGACCCACCUCAUAAACGCAAACUGGAAGCUUCAGCAACAGAUAAAGAUGGCACAGAUCCAGAGGAUAUAAGUGAUGACAACAGCAUCAAAACAAAGAGAAACAAGCUGGAAAAUUCACAGAACACUGAGCUAGAAAAAAUAACAAUGGAAAAGAAAAAUGUGAAAACAUCAGAACAUCAGAUUACGCUUCCCUUGGAGGAACGCAUUACUCAUUUUCGAGAUAUGCUUCUGGAAAGAGGGGUCUCUGCCUUUUCCACAUGGGAAAAAGAACUUCACAAAAUUGUAUUUGAUCCACGUUAUCUUCUACUCAACUCAGAAGAACGUAAACAGAUAUUUGAGCAGUUUGUCAAGACGAGAAUAAGAGAAGAAUAUAAGGAAAAGAAAAACAAGCUACUGCUAGCCAAAGAAGAGUUUAAAAAGCUGCUGGAGGAAUCUAAGUUGUCACCAAGGACCACCUUUAAGGAAUUUGCGGAGAAAUAUGGCACAGAUCAACGUUUUCGACUAGUUCAGAAGAAGAAAGACCAAGAGCAUUUUUUCAACCAGUUCAUACUUAUCCUUAAAAAGAGAGACAAAGAGAACAGAAUAAGGCUACGGAAAAUGAGAUAAAAAGGAAAUCUGCAAUAAGAACGCAAGUCAUAUACUGGGGCAUCUACAGGGGAGAAGAUGAAUGGCAUGCAUUUUGUAUCAUCUUUUGAGUUUUUUACUCCCAGCACUUAGAGAAAAUCAGAAAACCCGAAGAGCCACCUCAGCACCCAAAGUUUCUGUGGAAGUAUGUUAAGACUGCACUGCAGGAAUCUAUAGGAUAUUUCGUUCUCAGAGACUUAAUGUUUCAUAUUGAAGCUCUCUUUUUGUACAACAUUCAAAUCUGAUGCAUUUCUAAUUACCAUGAUAUGUCAGUCCCUUAAUUGUUUUAAUAAUUUAUGCAAAUUAUUUGUAAUAUACACAAAAUUGAAAUCCAGUGUGAUUUGUUAUUAAGCAGAAGCAGAUGCCAUCCAUAACAAUAUCAAGUUGUUUUUUUUUAACCAUUUAAGAAAAACAAAAACUAACACUGUACUUCUCUGCACAUUUAUUUGGAAAUAAGUCCUGUUGAAUUCCCCAACACUUACAUCCAAAUAAAAGUGUUUAAAAAUGCUGCACAGUUAUGUUUUGGCAGCUUUGUACAUUAAAAAAUAAAUGGUUCAAAGGUCCAGUGGUACUGAGGAAAUCAUUAUUCAAUGUUCAUAGGUCUAAGUCUAGUUUUCUGAGUCGUAGUAGUAAUAGGGUAUUAAUUGUAAUCAUAGUGAAGAUGUGAAAAUCCUGGCACCUUUCCUGUAGAACAGUGUAUAAAUCUUUACCAAAAAAGCUUUGUAAUUAAAUUAUUCUCAGUAGUGCUCCAGGCACAUCAAGAAGA